ACAUUUUUAUUUUUUCGCCGCCGCGCGCUUGGGCUCCAUAUUGCUAAAUGCUGUGUAUGUAGGCCUAGCCACUAGCAGAGAAAGUUAGGAUUAAUCAAUCUCAGAAUAUGGCUCUUGUUUGCUCCAUAAGUCAUGAAGUGCCUGAGCAUCCAGUGGUAUCGCCCGUUUCUAACAAUAUUUUUGAACGACGUCUAAUUGAAAAAUUCAUAGCUGAAAAUGGAGUUGACCCUAUUACUGGAGAAGUUCUCUCUGAAGAUAUGCUGGUUGAUGUUAAAGUGAGCCCUGUAGUAAAGCCACGCCCACCAACAGCCACCAGUAUCCCUGCAAUCCUCAAGCUACUUCAGGAUGAGUGGGACGCCUGCAUGCUGCAUAGCUUCACCCUCCGUCAACAGUUGCAAACAGCCCGUCAAGAACUCUCCCACGCCCUCUAUCAGCAUGAUGCUGCAUGUCGUGUUAUUGCUAGGCUGACUAAGGAGGUUACAGCAGCCCGUGAAGCACUUGCUACUCUGAAGCCCCAGGCUGCUCCAGGCAUUGCCCCUAUUGGCAGCAUGGUCCCACCCAGUCAGCUGGCUGAGCCAAUGGAAGCAGAGGAGGCAGGCAUGAUUGGCAUGUCUGAAGAAGUCAUCCAAAAGUUGCAAGACAAGGCUGCCUUGCUUACUGCAGAGCGUAAGAAGCGUGGUAAGAAGGUUCCAGAAGAUCUUAUGCCAGCUGAAGAGAUCCGUAGUUUUCGUGUUCAAUCUUCUCAUCCAGGUCUUCAUAGUGCAAGUAAUCCUGGUAUUUUGGCUUUGGACAUCCAAGCUGCUAACACUAACAAGGUACUGACUGGUGGUGCUGACCGCAAUGUGGUGGUCUUCAAUAAGGAGACUGAGCAAUUGGAGACCAUACUUAAAGGACAUACUAAGAAGGUUACUCAUGUCAUCUACCAUCCCAACAAGGAUGUUGUGUUCUCAUCUUCUCCCGAUUCUACGAUCCGUGUUUGGGCAGUUGCCAGUGGCACAUGUGCCCAGACGAUUCGGGCUCACGAAGGUGCAGUAACAGGGCUUAGUCUCCAUGCUACUGGUGACUACAUGCUGAGUUGCUCUGAGGAUCGUCACUGGGCUUUCUCUGAUAUCAACGUUGGACGUGUCCUUACCAAAGUGUCUGAUGACUCUAUUGGUCAUGCUUUGACUUGUGCUCAGUUCCAUCCUGAUGGUCUGAUCUUCGGAACUGGUACUGGUGACAGUGUCAUCAAGAUCUGGGAUCUCAAGGAACGGACAAAUGUGGCCAACUUUCCAGGACAUUCUGGACCCAUCACUGCCAUUUCCUUCUCUGAGAAUGGUUACUAUCUGGCUACUGCUGCUGAUGACUCCGUUGUCAAACUCUGGGAUUUGCGAAAGUUGAAAAACUUCAAAAACAUUACUUUAGAUAGUCAUUAUGAGGUGAAGUCAUUGUCAUUUGAUCAGAGUGGUACCUACCUAGCAGUGGCUGGUUCUGAUGUUCGUGUUUACUUGUGUAAGCAGUGGCAAGAACUUGCUGUGCUCACUGACCACAACGGUUUAGCUACUGGUGUUCGAUUUGGUCAGCAUGCAGGUUUCCUUGCUUCAACUGGAAUGGACAGGAGUCUCAAGUUCUAUGGCUUGUAAAAUACAGUUGAAAUUAGUUCAUUCUUGUCUCAAGAGCCUUACUUCUGCUCUGCUUAUCUUAAAAAUCCUAAUAAGCUGAAUAAAUUAUCUUGUGUCUUCUACUAUACUGUACAAAGCAUUAAGUUCU